UCGGUACGUUGUGUUUUCGGUUUAUUAUGUUCUGUCUUGUAAAUAAUAAACAUUAUACUAUUUAGUACACCUGGCGUGGCAUUAUUUUGGUUAUUCAAUCGAGAGUUAACCUGCAAAGACAAUCACAUUGUUUAAAUUAACUUGAAAAAGAACCGCGUAGUAUUCCAAAGCAAUUAUUAGAGGUUUGUGUGGAGUGCUAGCUGAAAUGUUAAAAAUGUCUUCUCAGCUAGAAAAUAUAGUAAAUGCAUAUAAGACAUUGUCGAAGAUACCGUCCGUGGCUGGUGCUAAAUUAAACAACAAGGCAAAUAAAAUAACAGCAAACUGGUCUGUUAGAAACUUAGACAAAGGGAAGAAUACAAAAUACUCAUGCAAUUACCUAUUAAAUGAUGAAUUUAGCGUUAUUGCUGAGAGUGAGUUUGGAACUGAUGUGAGCAAUGAAUUGCUGUCAGCGGUAUCACCUAAAGAGACAUUCAAGGCUAUAGUGCGUGAGGAAAAGAAUGGGAAAGACUCCAAAAAGCAAUACUUGGAGGUGUGGAGUAAGAGUACUCUAGCACACUCCUUAGAUCUAACUGCACUGGAUGUUCAUGGAGAUGUUUAUGCAGAUUCGGAAUUCGGCAGUCUAGAUUGGUCUCAAGAUGAGAGUGCUAUUGUGUAUGUUGCUGAAAAGAAAUUGGCAAAGAGUGAACCAUACAUUAAGCGAAAAGGUGAAGAUAAGUCUAAGGGAGAUCAGAGUGCAGAAAAUGCGCCUAAGAAGGGAGAAGAAUUUAUAUACAGACAAGAUUGGGGCGAGCAGUUAGUGGGUAAACACUCGUCUGUCAUUGUUAUGUGUAAAAUUGAGACUGAAACAAUUACAGUACUUGAGGGAUUGCCUGAAGAUUGGUGUCCAGGACAAGUGCGUUUCACUCCGGACGGGCUCGGCGUGGUGGGCGUGGCGUGGCCCACCGAGCCGCGCAGACUGGGACUCAUCUUCUGCACAAAUCGUCCCAGCUUCAUAUUCGCACUUACCCUCGACGGAAACUUAAAAAAAUUAUCCAAAGAAGGCGUGUCAGUCCGAUCCCCGAGGUUCAGUCCGAAUGGGGAACUGGUGUGGCUGCAACGGUUGGCUGACGGGCCGCAUCAUGCUUGCCAUCAAAUCAUACGCAUGCAAGACUAUGCAAACUCUGACAACUCGUCAACAUUAAUAGACAUAGUAGAGACAGAGAAGGAAACGACGAACAAUGAGAAAUUCCACGGCGUGUACUGUCUGGGCUUCCCGGGGAAGUGUUUCAGCGCCGACGGCAAGCGACUAGUGUUCUCCACGCCACAACAGAAUGAAGUUAGGAGCUACGUUGUUGAUGUCGAAAGUGGAAGUAUAGUGGACAUAUCAAAUAAACAAGCAAAAGGAUCCACAUCAGUAUUGGACGUGAGAUCUGACGUCAUCCUUGCAGCAUACUCUAAUAUGACGUCACCAUCACAGUUGUACAUUGCCCGGUUGCCGGCGCAAGGUUCAGAGGCGGGUAUCAAAUGGAUUCCUAUUACUAAGCCACCGGCUGUACCGGAGUCAGUAGCCAACUCCUCUGUGCAGUAUUUAGAACUGGAACAUGCUGACUCUACUGAUAGCGUUAAGUCAUUCUCUGCGCUCUACUUCGCACCGAAAGUGGAUGAGGACAAAAAAUUGCCUCUAAUAGUGUGGCCACACGGCGGACCGCACUCGAACUUUGUCAACGCAUAUUCUUUAGAAGCAGCCUUGUUCAAUAUGUUGGGUUUCGCGAGCGUUCAAAUUAACUACCGCGGGUCGACGGGCGCGGGUCAGGCUUGCGUACAAUUCUUGCCGAGAAGGGUCGGCGAUACUGACGUCAAAGACUGCAAAUUAGCCACAGAUGAGAUUCUAAAACGAUAUCCCGUGGACGCGACAAAAAUGUGUUUAUUCGGGGGGUCGCAUGGCGGGUUCCUAGUCACGCACUUGAGUGGCCAGUACCCUGAUUUAUAUAGAGUUGUUGUCAGCCGAAAUCCUGUCACAGAUGUCGCUAGUAUGUUCAACUCCACCGAUAUUGCCGAUUGGUGCGCAGUAGAAGCGGGCUACGAGUUCACAGAGCAAGGUCCCGUUUCUGAAGAGCAGCUCAUCGCUAUGCGGAGGUGCUCGCCGCUCAUACACGUGCAUAAAGUGAAGGCUCCUACUGCUUUGAUGUUAGGCAGUGGAGACAAACGCGUGCCCCACUACCAGGGUCUGGAGUACGCCAGGAGGCUGCGGGCCAAUGGAGUACCUACGAGAAUAUAUAUGUACGACGAUAACCACUCGUUGUCGUCGACGCCGGCGGAGAUGGACAAUCUCAUCAACAGUGCUCACUGGUUCCUACAACAUUUGGAAUGUAGAGCUCAAACUUAAUUAUAUGUUGAAAAAUGUUACAUAGUUCUGUUUCACAACUUCUGGAGUAAAUGCUACUCGCCACAAAUAUAUAAGCCGACUAAAUACAAAGGUCACACACUAAUCUAUGUUCCUAAAUAAAUGGAAGUAAAUGUGCAUUACCUACAUUAGCCGUUUAAUGCAAUAACCGUCAAAUAAAAUUUAUUUAGAACUUGUGAAACGGGCCCUUAAUAUAGCAAUAUUAAUGAUGAUGUUUUAUAACACUUUUAUGGUAAGUUGUUUCUUAAUCUAAAAAAAAUCAAUACAAUAAAAUAAAUAAAAGCUCUUUAAGUGAUGAUGUUUUCUCAUAUUCAGUUGAGAAUUCAUUCAUUUAGACUCAUGCCAAAUAAUGUUCCUUAUACUACCGCACACUUUUCUCCUACUAUCAGCGUGAGUUAAUAUCACGUACCUAUAAAAAUUGUUUAGCUGAUUCUAUUGUACCAAAUAUUGUGUAUAAAAUAUUUGCAUAAAAUUAUAAACUUAAAAGUAUAAUUAAUAACGCCUUGUAAUAAUUAAUACAUUUGUCAAUUUCGCUAUUCUGUAUUGUUAGAUCACAUUUAUGAUCAUGUAUGGAGCCUUAAAAAUCAUUAUAUUUUUAUACGGAAAUAUCCAAAGACUUGACGGUUGUCUGUGUCAUUUAUAAAUACUGUUGGUAAGUAAUAUUUGUACCAAUUUACGUUUUUUCAUAUAACUAGUUUAAAUAAGAAAUAACUAUGCAUCUAAUUGUCAAUUAUUGUUUUAUAUAUUUCAAUAAAUCAAGUUAAUAAAGCUA